AGAUCUUAUAUAAAUCCUCCCUAUUGCUACCUUCCUAAAAUGUAAAGCUCACCAAAUGGAACUUACUCACGUUCUACCGGCAAUCUUCGCCCUUCUCCUAUUUCUCUAUGCGCUCUUUGCUAUUACAUCUCGGAGAUCCAGCGCUCAUCGCACCAACAAGAGACUUCCACCGGAAGCCGGCGGUCGUUUGCCAGUGAUCGGCCACCUCCAUAAACUAAGUGCAACAGAGCCAACUCACAUAACCUUGGCCAAAAUGGCCGACGCCUACGGACCUAUCUUUACCUUAAGAUUGGGCAUGAACACAGCCCUUGUCGUGAGCAGUUGGGAAAUAGCGCGAGAGUGCUUCACCACAAACGACUCAAUCUUCGCAUCCCGCUCAAAAGCUGUAGCCUCAGAGCUGCUUGGCUACAACUACACAGUGCUGUCCCUUAGCCCCUACGGUCCAUACUGGCGCCAUGUGCGUAAAAUAGCCACGCUUGAACUCCUCACCAAUCACCGCCUCCACCAGCUUCAGCACAUUAGAAUAUCCGAGGUUCGAAGUUCGAUCAAGAAACUGUAUGAAUUAAAUAAGGGAUCAGGUGGGAAAGUGAGGGUUGAGAUGAGGACGUGGUUUGGGGAUGCUACUCUUAAUACAAUAUUUAGGAUGGUGAUGGGAAAGCGAUUCAGCACUGUUUUCGAAGGCAGUGGUGGGGAGCAGUACCGACAAGCGUUGAGGGAUCUUCUUGAACUGCUUGGGGCAUUUGUUCCUUCAGAUUCGUUUCCGUUUCUAAGUUGGUUGGAUUUGGGAGGGUAUAAGAAGGCCAUGAACAAGACCGCCAAGGUGCUUGACCAAAUGCUUAGUAAAUGGAUCAAAGAGCAUCGAGAGAAGACCAAGACUUCGGGUGAACGUGGAGAAACAGAGGAGCAAGACUUCAUGGAUCUCAUGCUUUCUGCUGUCCACGACGACGGAGGGUUAUGUGGUUUCGAUGCGGAUACAGUCACCAAAGCUACUUGUUUGACGAUGAUAUUGGGUGGAUCUGACACUACAACGGUUACCAUGACAUGGGCUCUUUCUCUACUCCUCAACAACGAACAAGCACUCAAGAAGGCACAACUUGAAUUAGAUGAAAAAGUUGGAAGAUCGAGACAUGUGAAAGAGUCUGAUGUCAAAAAUCUACCAUAUCUUCAAGCUAUUGUGAAGGAGACAUUGCGUUUGUAUCCUGCAGUGCCAUUAUUAGUCCCUCAUGAAUCUAUGGUAGAUUGUAUGGUUUCAGGUUAUCAUAUCCCUGCAAAGACACGCCUUAUAGUGAAUGUUCAAAAACUGCAAAAAGACCCACUUGUAUGGGAGGAUCCUAGUGAAUUUCGUCCAGAAAGAUUUUUGACAAGCGACACAAAGUUUGACAUGAGAGGUCAAAAUCAACAACUAAUGCCAUUUGGAAGUGGUCGAAGGAUGUGUCCAGGAAUCUCAUUUGCCCUUCAGCUUAUGCAUCUUACUCUUGCAAGCCUACUUCAUGAAUUUGAAAUUGGUAGACCAUCCCAAGAAUUACUAAAUAUGGAUGAGGGUUUUGGAAUAACUGUUCUUAAGAAAACUCCACUUGAAGUAGUUUUAAGUCCUCGUCUACCCAUCCAAGUUUAUGAAUAACUUUGAAACCAAGUCGAGGAAAAUAAAUGAAAUUAUUUGUAAAAGUAUUGUAUAAUGUAAUUAUUGAUGUGACAGGUACGAUGAAAAAAAAAAAAAGCUUAUUAAGUUUAAUAAGAUCAAAAUUUAGUAUAAUUAUAAUAUAA